CCCCUGGCAUUUCGGCAGGUAGUUUAGCUCUGGUGAGAUAACCCGUCGAGUUUCUGUGUUUCAGCAGCCAAGGUUCUCCCUCUGGUCGUGGAUGCUAGAACUGUUAGUGCUAGCGAGGCCAGCUCCUCGAUAUGCAAACUCUUAUUUCCCAAACCGUCGCAAUAUACAGCUUUCCUGCAGAUAUAGCACUUCGUUGCAAUCACAUUGCUCGUGACGCAACGAUUCGGAGAAGCCUGCGCUCGAGCAUACUUUCGAUAUUUCGUGAACAGCCUGCCGUGUUUUCGUAGCCUCGACCACUCCUCUCGCCGUCCUCCGCAAUGUUCAGUUCUCCUUUUUUGCCAGCAGUCUCGUCGUUAGUGCACUAAUUAGUCCACAGCGACUGGCUGACAGCGUGCUGGUUUAGCCGACGGUGGUCCAAGGAGCCACUUUUUUACCACCCAAGCUUGCACCUGACUGUAGUGGUCACGCUGUUGGCCUAAGGUUACAGCAUCCUCGAGUGGCUUUAUUUUCCUGACCUUCUCUCCUCGCGUCGCUAGUGUCCCACCUUUUUUAGCACCUCAAGUUCACUUGCAGGGGCUUCCAACAUAGAUCCGUGAUUCCUUACUUUUUCCGUUUCCGACCCGUUACGCUUGCCCGAUUCCGUAUACCAUGCAUCUCCAAACGUUUAACGUUGUAACUCGAUGUGCCUAGCAAAUAUCAUUCACCGGUGCACUCUAUAAAGAGGUCAGCAUCGAAUCCGUGUUCUCUAUCCUGAGCCCGUUACAAUACCGAGUUUCUCUAACCUCAGCUCGGUAUAAGCAAUGGAAGGCGUUCCGAACAUGCCGCGUUUAAGCGGAGCAGCGAAUGCGGAGUUCUACCUGCCCAACUACCGCCUGGGGAAGACUCUCGGGGUUGGGUCGUUCGGGAAAGUGAAGGUAGCAGAGCACGUACUAACGGGGCUGAAAGUGGCGAUUAAGAUUCUCAACAGGCGGAAGAUCAAGUCGAUGGACAUGGAAGAGAAAGUCCGCAGGGAGAUCAAGAUCCUACGGCUCUUCAUGCAUCCCCACAUCAUCCGGCUGUACGAGGUGAUCGAGACGCCCGCGGACAUAUUCGUGGUGAUGGAGUACGUCAAGGGCGGCGAGCUCUUCGACUACAUCGUGGAGAAGGGGCGGCUCAUGGAGGAUGAAGCAAGGCGGUUCUUUCAACAGAUCGUGAGCGGGGUGGAGUACUGCCAUCGCAACAUGGUGGUGCACCGCGACUUAAAGCCUGAGAACCUGCUGCUGGACACCAAGGGCAACAUGAAGAUAGCGGACUUCGGGCUCAGCAACGUGAUGCGCGACGGGCACUUCCUCAAGACGUCGUGCGGCAGCCCCAACUACGCUGCUCCAGAGGUAAUCUCAGGAAGACUCUAUGGCGGGCCAGAAGUGGACGUGUGGAGCUGUGGCGUCAUCCUCUACGCCCUCCUAUGCGGCAGCCUGCCCUUUGACGACGAGAACAUCCCCAACCUGUUCAAGAAGAUCAAGGGCGGCGUCUACUCCCUCCCCAGCUUCCUAUCCACGGGCGCGCGCGACCUGGUGCCGCGCAUGCUGCUGGUGGACCCUAUGAAGCGCAUCACCAUUCCAGAGAUCCGCCAGCACCCCUGGUUCCUCGCCAAGCUGCCCCGCUACCUGGCUGUGCCGCCCCCGUAUGCUGCUGAGCAAGCCAAGCGGAUUGACAGCGAGAUUCUGACGGUGGUGGCCAAGAUGGGGUUCGAUGAAGAUUACUUGGCAGAGUCACUGCGCAACAGAAAGUGUAACAAGGCCACGGUGGCGUACUACCUGAUGCUGGACAAUCAUCGGCGGGUGUCAACGGGCUACUUGGGUGCAGAGUUCAGCGAGCACAAGGAGCAACACUCGCGCGGCUCACCGUCCUCCUCAGGCUCGGCCCUUGCCAAAGCUCUAGGCGCGGCAACAGGGUCGGGCUCGGGUCAUGCGUUGGUGGCAAAGCGGUCGCUAGGGGGGGGUGGCAGCAGCGGCGGGUUUCCGGGCUCGCCCAUGCACAACCAGCACCGCAUGCUGGCGGACAGAAAAUGGGCGCUGGGACUGCAGUCCCGGGCCCAUCCCAUGGAGGUCCUAGGGGAGGUGUGCAGAGCAUUGCAGGCUCUCGAUGUCACAUGGAAGCGGGUGGCACCAUAUGUCACCAAGUGCCGAUGGGAGGCGCCUCUCCCCCCUCCCGCGCCGCCCCUGCCGUCCCCUCUGCCGCCCCUCCAUUUCCCAGGCUCGGUGCCUGACCGCGUGGGCAUGGUACCGAGCCUAGGGGGUCCAGUGCCAGCGUUAGGAGUUCCAGCCAGGGCGGGGGAAAUGGCUGGGGGGGAUGUGUCAGGCGUAGGGGUGGUGGGGUUGCCUGUGGUGCCUGGGUUGGGCAUGACUGGGAACAGUUUGGUGGGUGUGAGUGUAAUGGGAGGUGAAGGAGGGCUGAGACCAGGAGGUCGUCGAUCGGACCGAGCAAGAAACAGGAGGAUCCUAAGAUUUGAGAUGCAGCUUUUCAAGAUCCGCGACGAGAAAUACCUAUUGGAUGUACAGCAUGUCGAUGGAUCACAUUUACUCUUUCUAGAUAUCAUGGCGGCAUUCUUGGCAGAGUUGCAUGUCAUUUAAAUAUCAGUAAACCAUUGUUAUAGUAAAAGUUUGAUUAUGGUG